AUGGACAGCUCAUUGGAAAAUACAGCUAUUUCUUUAUCAAAAUCUUCUUUAGAGUCAGAAUUUACAGAAAAUGGAAGGGAAAACAGCAUCAGAUCUUCUAAUGAUUUGCUACAGAAUUUUGAAGAUUGGGAUUGGUUUUUUGUGUUUUUUUGUGAUUCAAGUGAUACAGAAGAAAAGACCAUUAACUGCUCUGAAACUGAUGCAGUUCAAAAUACAGCUCUAUACAUGGAAACAGGCAGCACCUUACCAUCCCAUUUGGCUGCAAAUACACAAGAAAGUAGUGACCAAAAUGUUAUCAAUGGUUUGGUAAGAAAAAUUUUCAGUGGAACUGAUGCUCAAGCUUGCAAUAGUCAAGGAUUAAUACCGCCUCACAUCAACCAAAUUUAUGAUGAAUUAUUUGUCAUACAUCAGAAGCUCCAGAGAGAAAGUUCAGCACAACGGGAGUAUGCUCUGCAACUCCAGAAACGAGAUAAUUUUCUAACAGAGCGAGAAGCAUUGCUUUUUAGACAUGAAGCAGCUUUGGCUAAAAUAAGAGGUGUUGAGGAAGAAGUUCACACAAAAUUUGGAAUUCUAAAAGAGCAACACGGGGCAGAAGUUAAACAGCUGACAGAAGCCUUGAGAGAAAUAACUAAAGAAAAUAGGAGGCUGAAGUCAUCAUUUGACACCUUGAAGGAAGUGAAUGACUCUUUAAGAAAACAGUUAAAUGAUGUAACUGAGCUGAACAAGAAGUUGGAAGGUCAAGCAAGAAAAGCACAAGCUCGUUUAGAAAAUCUGCAGAGGAAGCAUGAAUUUUUAAUGGUACAGAAGUCUAAGGAUAUAUGUAGAGUGGUGCAACAAAGCAAACCUGUCAAGCAGGAAAAAGUGAUGACAACAUCAAAAAUUACUAAGCUACCACUGAAUUCGCAAGUUUAUGAGCUCUUAACUUUUCUUAUGGAUUGGAUCUCAGACCAGCACCUUAGCAAAAUAAAAACACAAGAAGAAAGUGAGGGCAGUCAUAAACUUCUGGUUACCCAGACCUCCAAAAAAACCUGCACCCAGGAAAGGUGUAUGAAGCUUUUGCCUGUAGUUGCCGAGCAACUCCAGUGGAUGCCAUUUGUGAAUCCUAAACUACAUGUGUCAGUGAUUAAAUUUAUUUACUGGUGUAUAAGACAGCUAGACACUGGUAUUCAGCAUGCAACAAUGACAUCAACAAUGAGGAGACUUGGUGAAGAUGUUUUCAAAGGCACAGUAAGUAAGGGAAGCCCACAUGGUUCUUCCGAACAGUCUACAGAGAGUAAAUCAAAAUCGGCAGCUUUCUUUAAGAGUUCCUGUAUGCCUCUGAGGUUUCUGUCAACUUUAAUUGUGCUUAAAACAGUGACACAAGUGGAUUACCUGGCUCAGGCAUUUGAUUCCCUUCGCACAGACUUGAAGACGGAUGAUGGAAAGGCCUUAUUUUUGGAAUACCAAUGUGUGCCUGUCAUAUUAAGUCACUUAAAAGUAUCCAGCAGAGGUCUGCUUUCUAGUGCACUUGAUGGACUACUACAGAUGACUGUGGAAUCAGAUUCCUUACAGCCUUUCCUGGAAGCCUGCAGCAAUGAAGCCUUUUUCCGUACUUGCUCUGUAUUGCUUCGAAGCGCUAAGCUAGAUAUUCAGAUUUUGGAAAAGCUCUGUGUUAUACUGCAAAAACUCUCCAGGAUAAAAAGCAAUAAGAAGAUGUUUGAAUCGUUUACUCUUCACCAAAUGAUCCAAGAACUGCAUAGGACUACAAAUCCAGAUCAUGCAUUCCUCUGUAUAAACCUCAAUUCAAUUAUGUUGAAUUUGGGAUGGUUGAGGAGUCACUCUCUUACCUCCAGUACAAGCACAAGUCACUAG